GCCGCUCUCCGCUCUUGAUUUCGCCGUGAUGUCGACCGCAAUGAACUUCGGGACCAAAAGCUUCCAGCCGCGGCCCCCAGACAAAGGCAGCUUCCCGCUAGACCACUUCGGUGAGUGUAAAAGCUUUAAGGAAAAAUUCAUGAAGUGUCUCCGCGACAAGAACUAUGAAAAUGCUCUGUGCAGAAAUGAAUCUAAAGAGUAUUUAAUGUGCAGGAUGCAAAGGCAGCUGAUGGCACCAGAACCACUAGAGAAACUCGGCUUUAGAGACAUAAUGGAGGAGAAACCGGAGGCAAAGGACAAAUGUUGAGAAUCACUGGGCUGUGUCCCCCUACCUGGAGCAGAGCUGAGCCCUUCUGCCCACCGUGGAGAGAGCUGAGCCAUCCUGUGCUGCCCAGAGGAGGGGCUCUCCGUGUUGACUUUGGCUCAUCCCUGCAGCAUAGACCAGACUGCUUCCUCUACUGACCACACUUCUGCUUCAGAGAGUGGUUUUCUCCUGUCUGUGUGUGUCACAGGAUCUGCUCAGGGCUGAACACUGAUGUGAUAUGAUAUCCCACCUAGUGUGGCCGUCACACCAGAGGCCCUGGACAGCAUUCCACAGUGACUCAACCUGAGUCCUCACACCGGAACCUGUCAGCGAAACCAAGCGACAGCAAAAUGUCUGCCUUUUGUGCUCACAGACGCACAUCAUCUUGCUUCCCCUUCUCUUGUGUUCUUUGCUUUGAACAAAACUGGAAUACAAAGUAGGAAGUGAGAAAUAGUUUGGCUUUUGACAUAGUUGACCUCCUGUUUUAAGUGUUUUGAGACAGGGUCUCAGACCGCCCGUGUACCCAAGGAUGACCUCGAACUCUUGAUCCUUCUGCCUCCAUGUCUAGGGUAUUGGGGCAUGGAACCCAGGGCUCCCUGCACGAUAGGCAAGCACUCUCUCAGCUGAACCGUGUCUCCAGCUAGGGAAGCACUGUAUCUCAGUGUGUUUGUGUGUGUGUGUGUGUGUGUGUGUGUGUGUGUGUGUGUGUGUGUGUCAGAGGACAACUUAGAGGAGUCCGAUCUCUCCUUGCCCAAGUGAGUGUCUCAGGGAUUGAACUCGGGUCACCAGGCUUGGUAGAUGUCUCAGCUCAACUUCCAUUCCCCCAGUCUAGGAGCAGAUGGCUUCAUGACGCGGGUUGGGUUAUUUUCUGGUCGUCUCAAGCUGUCUGUAAACCUGGCUUUUCCUUUCAGUGGCCCACCGCAUGCCUCCACAGGGCGGGUCAGCCACGCACAGAGGCUGGGCUAGGAUCUAUCCCUUUUCCACUGUUGCACCGUGUUGCAGUAACAUUGCACUUACGUGUCUGUGGGUGCUGACGCUAACCCUGUACUGUCAGCACUGAGCAGCGCUGAGCUGUGGCUUAGCCCAGGCUAUCCUCAGAGUUCCCUGUGGGUUGUUUAAACACCCAGGCGCCUUCAUCCUGAGGCAGGUGAUGGGAAGGGGGGAGCAGCUGGGUUCGGGGCUUCUGCUGUGUGCAGGGAUCCAAAGACACCAGCAGAACGCCAGUGCCAGGUGUUGUCAGGCUCCAGUGCCUCAGAUGUGUCCUCCUAGAGCUGUUGGAGAAGGGCUGUCCCCCUGCUUGUCCUGGCUCCUGUCUGACUGGUGAAGGACACCAUGGGUGGGAUGGGGCAGGUAUUGUGGCGCACAACUUUAGCACCCAAGAGGCAGAGGCAGGCAGAUCCUUGAGUUUGAGGCCAGUUUUGUCUACAGAGUGAGUUGUAGGAGAGCCAGGACGACAUAGAGAGAGAGAGACCCUCUGGGGUUGGGGCAGAGGGUGGGAGAGAGAAACGGGGAUGGGAAGAGGACUUCGUAUAUUCAUAUCCCUGUUGGUCUUAGGCUCUGGCACUGCGAGGCCUGCAGGGUCUGCUGAUCUCCUGGGGGCAGCUUCCCCUUCCCCAGGAGAUGUGAGCGCCUGUGAGCCUGGUUUGCUGUUACACAGAAAGACCUCUUCCUGGUUGGACCCAUAGUCCUGCACACCGGGGUCUGCUUGUUCACACACUCGCUCAGCCCGGCCACACAGAGCGGGGCAGCACCAGGUCCACAUGUCACGUUUGAGCCUUGGUUUUUAUCACCAACAUUAGUGUCACCGCAGUACUGUGGUGUUGGAGCAGCCAAGCUCACUUGUUAGGACUCGAGGUGUGUGGCGAGCACUCCAGUGACUGGGCCAUCUCCUCGGCCAUUUUGUUGUGUCUGUUUAUCAAGAGAGGGCCCACUCUGUAGCCAAGGCUGGCCUUGAACUCUGUUUCCACCUCCCAAGUCCUGCCAUCUUCCAAGCCUUUGAUGUCUGUUAUCAGCAAGUGACAAAAUGAACAUAUGUCACAGUCAAGUACGGCUGAGUUUUCCAACACAUCACGGCGGCUCCAUCCACGAGUGCCCCACUUGUCCACCCAUCUCCAGCGAGAUGCAGGAACACAGCAUAGCAACACUGAUGGCUUUGGGGCUGGAGUUGGAGGAUGCUCGGUUCCCUCCUGGGAUGUUCACGGUUAUAUCUUAUAACAAGUGUGCAUCAUUUUUAUAGAAACUAUAAAAUCCUUACUUGAAGGGAACUCACCGUGUUGAGUAGUGUUUCCAUAUCCUCUGUAAAUUACAGGCCAGUUGUAAUUUCUAAUCCCCUGUGGAUACCAAA